UGCGGAGCUGCAGGAGAGAGAGAGAGAGAGCUGCAGCCGUACAUCCCGCAGCCUGAGACAGAGGGAACUCUGUUGUCACUUACUGCACGGAGGAAUGAGCUGAAAGAAAACCAAUGCCUUCCUUGUGUUUUCUCUGGAUUAAAUCUACGGAUUUUACGCAUCUGGGAGUCGCUAUUUUGUGCGUAAAGACAACAUUCACAGGGCUAUGACGAAAAGGCGGAACCAACGCAUUUAUGUUUUUUAAUUAUACUUCGUGCUGUGAAGGGGCUGUUUUAACACGAUUAUUGAGAGCUGUAGACAGAAACGAGCGCUGUUACGACUGGGAGCCGCACCGCGUUGAUCUGAGCGAAAGGAGACUGGAAACAUGAGAUUGAUUGUCAUCUUUGCGCUUCUGCUGUUAAAAGUUUGUCUUGCAAAGGCUUGUGCCAGUGGGAAGUUCACUGAAUUGGGACACUGUUGCAGAUCGUGUCCUGCUGGCUACGAAGUGGAGGUAGAGUGUGGGAAGGAGGACACCAAAUGUGCUCCAUGUCCGCAGGGAACAUUUUCCCCAUCUGAAGGCCUUGGCGCUUGCCGAUCUUGUAGCAAGUGUCCACCUGGCGUCCCCAUGCUGGCUUCUUGCUCAGCAUCCCAGGACACGCAAUGCGAGUGUGACACUGGCUUCUUCUUUCUGAGCUCCUACAGUGUAUGUGCGCCCUGUUCCAAGUGCAGGCGUGGUCAGGGGGCCGUCCGAGAGUGCGGCCCUCAAGGAGACAGGCUUUGCCAGAAGUGCAGCCCGGGAACCUUCUCGGAGGAGGAUCUCAACACCAAAUCGUGCCAGAUUUGCACUCAGUGCUCUGACAAAGAGGUUGAGAUCCAGUCCUGUAUGCACAAUUCUGACACACUCUGCAUGGAUAAGAAGCUGAACAUUUUGACUCGCCCUGCUGGGGCCGAUGGGGCCUUGAAUAUCCCUAACUGGCCAGUGCUAGAGGAGGAGGAGGAAGAGGUCGGCAGCCCCGCACCGGGACCAUCCAAGUUUACCCCACUGGACGAGGGUGGCAGCAACAACAUUCUUGCCUAUGUGUCUGUUCUGGCUGCUGUGGUGCUGGGGCUGCUGGUUUACGUGGCUUAUAAAUGUUGGAGGUCUUGCAAACAGAAAAAGGCUCUCUCCAAGGCUCGUGUGGCGGAGCUGGGAACAUCUCCAGAAGGGGAAAAGCUCCAAAGUGACAGUGGUGUUUUUCUGGAUUCCUACAGCCUGCAGGACAACCAGCCAAGCAAAGGUACGAAGAGAGAAAGCAAGCUCGACAGUCGCCUGUACAUCAACCUGCCGCCACACAAGCAGGAAGAGGUGGAGCGCCUCCUGCAAGAUGCAAGUGGCCGUGGAUGGAGACACCUUGGUGCUGCGCUGGGCUAUGAACCCGAACAGCUGGACCUGUUCGGACGUGGGGAGGCCCCGGCACACACUCUCCUUUCUAACUGGGCCCAGAGAGAGGGCUCCACUCUGGGACUGAUGGGCUCGGCGCUGGCCCGCAUAGAGAGACUUGAUGUGUUGACGGCCCUUAACAGCACCCAGCAGGGUGUUUCUGUAGUCUGAGAAACUUGCCAGACCCUCGAGUGACAUUCACAGACUCAAGUGAGAGAUUUAAAGAUGAAAAGCGAGGCACUCUGUUUUCAACUCUUCUGUCAGGAGUCUUUUUUAAACUUUGUUAAUUGACCUUUUUUUUUUCAUUAAAAUACCAACAAUACUCUAAAAAUAUGUAACUUUGUGCCUUAUUUGAACUGUAUGCCUGAAUAUCAUGCUGUGUGGUAACAGAUUAAUUAAUCUGGUAGUGCAGGAAUUAUUAGACUGAAUAUACAGUGCCAUAAAAAGUAUUUCCCUUUUUCCAGGUUUCUUCUGCUUUUCCCUUUUUGGUGACAUUUAAAAGUUUCAGAUCAUUAAAUACAUUAUAAUAUCAGAUAAAGAUAACCUAAGUAAAUACAAAAAGUAGUUUUUAAAGGAUGAUUUUCAUUUAUUAAAGGAAGUAUUUUAAACCGACCUAGCUCUAUGAGAAAGUGUAAUUGGCCCCCUUAUCUAAUAACUGGUUGUGCCAUCCUUGGCUGCAACAACUGCAAGCAUUUGCUGUAGUUUGCAGUUAGUUUUUUGCAUCAGUGUGGAAGAAUUUUUGGGCAACUUUACUUUGCAGAAUUCAGCUAUACUGGUGGGUAUUCAAGCACAAAUAUCCUGUUUAAGGUUAAGCCACUGUGAUUCCUUCGGAUUUGAGUAGCCCAUUCAAAAACCUUUUUAUUGUGUUGAGCCAUUCAUAGCUGGACCUGCUUCAUGGUUCUAUUGGUUUCUGCAAGUCAUCCAGGUCCUGAAGAAGCAAAGCAUCCCCAGAACAUCACACUACCACCUCCAUGUUUGACUGCCCCUGUGAUGUCUUUUUUUUGGAGAAAUGCUGUUAGUUUAUGCCAGAUUUAAUGGGAAAAAAAUCAUAAUUUCUGUCCAUUUUGUCCAAAUCUAAUUUUUUCCCACCAGACCACAUAAUUUCUCUUUCCCAUGGAGGUCAUUUUUGUCAAGUCUCUUUCUUAUAUUUGAAAUAUGAACAAUGACAUUAACUGAGACAGGAGAGGCCUGCAGUGCUUUUCUGGGUUGUUUUGUAACCUUUUGGGUGAGUCAGGGCUGCACUCUUGGAAGUAUUAAGAUCGGCCAGGCCCUCCUUAGAAGGUUCAUCACUGUUCGGUUUGGUUCACUGGAGACCCAAUGCCUUAGAAAUGACUUUGUAAAUCCUUCUAGUCUGCAAAAUAUUAACUUGCUUCUCAUCUAUUCUUACAAAUUUCUUUCAAUCAGUGCAUGAUUUCUUGCUUUUUUCAGACCUUUUAGCCUACUUCAAGUUGUUAGGUAGGUUCUAUUUAAGUCAUGGGUCUGGUAGUAAUCAAUUCUGGGUGUGGUAAAUGACAUCUAUAUUAAAUAAUCAGAAACUAAGUGAUUUUGUCUGAUAUUAAAAUUAUGUUAAAAUUAGAUAUUAAAAUUACUUUACUAAAUGUGGGACCAAAAACAGAAGAAAACUAAGAAAACAAAUACUUUUUCAUGACAAAGUACCUUUGCAAGCUCCUCACUGUUACACCCACAGUGCACAGUCAAUGGAACAACCCUUUCAUCUGUAUUUAAGAAAAAUUUCCCUGCCAACUAUAUACGUUAAUUACUAAACCAUUUACAAUAAGCAUACAAAUACUGUAAGUACUCAGUUAACAAGCAAAGUAGUUUCCUGUGUAUAUUAUUAUCAGCAAACCGCUGCGUGAUUUGAAUGAAAAUCUGAUCUUUUCCUAUUUCCAUCAAGAGAAUAUUUCUUCUAAAAAUUGUUGUAUAUUGAACCCCUUAGCUCGAUAUGUUUUUUCUUUGGUUACUUUUUUUUUUUAAAUAAAGUACAUUUUAAAUGACCACUUUUGUUCUGCAAUUGAAUGCCAACAUGUUAUAUUUUCUCCCAGAAGACCAUUGAGCAUGUUUUUUUGUUUUUAUUAUUAUUACUAUACGUACAUAUUUAAAUAAAAACGAAAUUUCAGAGA